GAACUCCCUAGAACUUUCUCCAACUGCCUCCCCAACGACCAACCGUUGCCUCCUCUGCUGGCCACUCCAGGAACCUUCCCUACGCUCUCCGUCGCUCAAUACUGCCAGACUCUGGUUGGGCCUUAAGGGCCCAGACUCUGGGGCAUCCUGGAGGGAACUUUCUCCCCACCUUCUCCAGCCCUGAAACCUGCCAAGAAUUCUCAUCUCCCCACAGCCUCCUCACCACAGCUCCCACACUGCUCUGGGUGCCCAUGGGCUGGACCAUGAGGCUGGCCACAGCAGCCCUGCUCCUGGGCCUCGCGGCGGUGGUCACUGGAGAGGAGGAGGAGAAUGACUUGUGCAUAUACGAGGCCCUGCCUGACAACGACGCUGUCCUUUGCAAGGGCCUUAAGAUUUUCUACCCAGAGUUGGGUAACAUUGGCUGCAUGAUCGUUCCUGAAUGCAACAAUUACAGACAGAAGAUCACGACCUGGCCCGAACCAAUCGUGAAGUUCCCUCAGGCCCUGGAGGAUGCAGCCUACAUCCUGGUGAUGGUGGACCCUGAUGCACCCAGCAGGUCUUCUCCCAAAGCUCGAUUCUGGAGACAUUGGCUGGUGUCAGAUAUCAAGGGCACCGACAUGAAGAUAGGGAAGAUUCAGGGCCAGGAGUUAUCGCCCUACCAGCCUCCCUCCCCACCAGCACACAGUGGCUUACAUCGCUACCAGUUCUUUGUCUAUCUUCAGGAAGGAAGGACCAUCUCUCUCUCUCCCAAAGAAAACAAAACUCGAGGCUCUUGGAAAAUGGACAAAUUUCUGAGCCACUUCCACCUGAGCGAACCUGAAGCCAGCACCCAGUUCAUGACCCAAUAUUACCUGGAUGCACUAAGUCGCCAGAACCCGGGAGUAGUAAGCAAUGAGACCACGGACAAACCUGAACCGAAAUAACUGCCUGCCAGACCUCAAGCUCCACACUGUCGGUGUGUCCACAGUGCGCGCCACCCAUGGUCUGCGUAUGGACUCCCCCUCUCCGGGUAUGGAACCCCCUUUCUCUUCCACAUUAAAAAAAAAUCAUCUAGGGCUUAA